CUGGUAGCCUGCAAGAACCGUGCUGCGAGCCCCUGCUGCAUUGAUUCCUCCUCUGUCUAUUCUCCCGGGACGAUCCUGCCAGCAGCUCGUGGCGCCUGCAGGGAAUCGAUCGAUCAUCCCCGGUUGCGGAACCGGUGGUUGUUGAAUCGUUCUUCUUCGAUCACUGCUGGGGGUUUGUUGCUCGCCCCGUCCGUCUCUCAGCUGUUGCUGGAAUGGAAUAAUCUGUUCCUGUUUCUGUUCUUCUUCGUGCUCAUCUCUCCCUUGAUGCAUUUCUCGUUCUUGGCCUCGUAGAGAUAUCUGUCUGUCCACACCGACCAGAAAUUUGAUCUCGCGGUCUCUCUGUCUCUAGCGCUGUUCUUCAUUGAUUUGUUGUGUGUGGGCACUCUUCACUGCCUUGAGUUCAUGAAGCUGGAAACUCCGCCACAAAAAGCAGCCUGCAUUUACUUGCUGAAUCUGUUUCUCCUUCUGUGACGGAACAAGAAGAAGAUCAUCCAAGAACCCCGGCAGGACUCUCGUCGAUUGGUUAGAUGCAAAGAGAUGGUGCAUGAGCAGAGCAGCGGCGGCCACCACCAUCAGCAGUUGCCUAGGUACGGCAGCGGCAGCGGCCCCGGCGUGCCCACCGGCGUGGCGCGGGCGUCGAAGAAGAACAAGCCCAAGAAGAUCCCGCAGCGCGGCCUCGGCGUCGCGCAGCUCGAGAAGCUACGGAUCGAGGAGCAGAAGAAGAUGGAGGGAGCCGCCGUGCCGGGGCCCGCGCACGGGCCGCACCCGCACGCCAUCGGCGGCGGCGGCCUCGGCCACCUCUCGAUGCACCGUCCGGCGCCGGCGCCGGCGCCGCCGCCGCCGCUCUCGCUGAGCGCCCUGCCGAGGCCGGCCGCGGACGGCGGCGUGCACUGCAGCUUCCCGCCGGUGCUCUGGGACCCGGCGGACCCGAUGCGACACCCGUACAAGAGAAGCAUGUGCCCGCAACCUCCACUUCCAACGGUGAGCACGGGCUUGUCGCUGACGGCGUCGUCGAGCCACCACCCAACGGAGCCCCCUUCAAACCAAAUGUACAGCAGCGGCGUUACCAGGAACAGCGCGGCGGCGCCGGCGCCGGCCGACGAGGAUAGGGACGCGGCCGGCGUGGAUAGGUCAUGGCCAUUCAUGUUCGAGGGCAUGAACGCGGCCGCCUUCCGGACGACAGGCAAAGCUCCUUUCGCCGCCAGGUCGACGAGGGAGGCCGGGUUGCCUGAUGCCUGUCCUGACCUGAGCAGAUACGAGUUCAGAGCAACGAAUUAUUUCAGCACAAAUCCGAGUUAUUCAGACUGGGCAUCAGAGUUUGCUCCCCGCAAGAGCAGCAAGGAGAACGGCUGCACCGGAGAGCCUGCCUACCUCACCUUGAACGCACAGCCUGCUGCUCCCCUCAUCAAGCAGCCCCAUUUGAUCCCGUCGAUUCACCUCCCAGAGUACAGCGACUUCGGCGUCAUGCAGUCUCAGGCAAGUGAAGUUCUGUUGCCAUCUUCCUCUGAAACCUACGAUGACUUGGCGGAGACAUUCUGAUGGAGUAACCUAACUGGUGAACUUGAACAGCAGGGAAGCGUUUCAGCGUCGGCGUCGUCGUCGUCGCGGCCCUUCUACAGCUUCAUGCCGGUCGGGCCGGUUCGAUGCGAGAGACCCCUGAACGAGAUCAAGUCCGACGUGUCUGAAGGCGUCGACCUGGAACUGAAGCUUUGAAGGAGCUCAUCAGACAUCAGCGUGGGCUCCUCCCUCUGUUCCUUCCAGAUAAACAUGGCACCAAAUCUGCAAUGGAAACGACACCUUGUAGAAAAAACCGACCGUAGUGGUGUGUUCAGUCUGUAACCUGAAACAUGAUGUAUCAAAGUUUGCGUUCU